AUGGCGUCGAAAACGGAAGUGAAGACCUUAAAUUUCUCAACCCUGGAGAGACUUCAACGGCCCCGACGCAUUAUAAGCGGAGAUUUCGUCAAUGCAUCUCGUUACCCCAUUCCAGUUACUGCUACUCAGCUCUUCUUCUUCCUAUUUGAACUGCAUCUGACUUCAGUUGAUACAAUGAGAAAAAAGAAUAGAUGGGAACAACAACAGCUCCUGUUCCUCAACGCUUCCAUAUACACCGUUGACGGUGGUCAAAGAGCUGUUGUAAGGGAUGUCCAAAGAGCCUUCGUCUACGACUCUUACACUUUGCCCAAGCUGUAUGUGAAGAUGCAGUACUGUGUUUCAUGCGCGAUCCAUUCCCACGAUGUGAGGGUCCGAUCCGGCACUGACAGGAGGAACCGUGACCCACCUCAACACUUCAUCAGACGCAGGGAUGAAAUGCCAAAGCCUGGCCAGCCUGGUCGGGGUCCUCGUCCUGGAGUUGUUGUUCCUGCUCGUGCAUAA